CUGGUGGACUAAAGUCUAAGAGGAACGAAGCAAACAUCAACGAGGAAAAAUAACGCACUUUCCCUCAAGAUUGGAAGGACUAUAGCAAUUUUACUGCCAUUCUCUUUAAAAAAAAGUACAGGUAAUUAGAGCAACCUAUCGCAGGCUGGCAUGCCAUAACAAUUCGAAUACAGCUACAUUUAGAAAUUCUUACUUUUACCAUUUUUAUCACGAAAACAUUGAGACUAGCUUAAUUUACAGAGGCUAAACUUGUCCACUCUUCCGCUUGCUGACGACAUGGCGUCGAUUAAUCUCGUUUCCAAGUUGCUCCGUCUUCCUGUGUCUGCACAACUUGCGUCUCUCCGGUCGGGCCGCCUGUUGUUGCGGGGAAAUGUGGCUGCAGGUUCGGUGUCAGCAGGGAACAGACUGUCCUCCAGCGACCAACAUCCUACGGAGAAAGUCAGCCGCUAUCCCAUUCCGAACAAGAAAGAUUUACCAUAUGACAUAGUGGAGAUCAUGGAGGAAGUGGAGUCAAAGGGGGGAUUCUUGCCCAAUAUCUUCAAAGUCCUCUCACACAGACCAGCAGAGUUCAGAUCCUUCUUCACAUACUACAACGAACUGAUGAACAAGGAGACAGGCCAGUUAACCAAGGCAGACCGUGAGCUGAUAGUAGUCGUAACCAGCACUCACAACAAGUGUCCUUACUGUGUGGUGUCCCACAGUGCGCUGCACCGCAUCUACUCCAAGAAACUCAGUCUGUCUGAGCAGGUCAUUGUUAACUACAAGACAGCAGAUCUCACCCCUCGGGAGAAAGCCAUGCUGGACUUUGCGAUGGCUGUGUGCCGCUGUGACGUCAUCACAGAUGAGCACUUCCAGGCUCUGGAGAAGGUUGGCUUUGACCGCGAGGAUGCCUGGGAUAUUGCAGCAAUCACUGCUUUCUUUGCCAUGUCCAACCGUCUGGCUCAUCUUACCGACAUGAAGCCGAACCUAGACUUCUUUACUAUGGGCCGUGUCCCUCGGGACAGGAGCAGCAACAUGCAAGGCUAGGACAAAUGGGGGGGGGGCAAUGGGAACGUGUUACUGACAACAUUAUUAGAAUUUGAAGAUGAGCUGUGAUGCACAAUGUAAACCUAAAACCAAAAAUUUGUUGAACUUGUGUGUAAGAUUCUUCUCUCUUCUUCCUUGUGAAAUGAGACAUGGAUGAUAAGAAAUAAAAACCAAUGUUUUUACUGAAAGUAGUCUUGAUCAGAUCUUAAGCUCAAUGAUCAGUGUUGUCAAAAACGUGACAAACAUGAAGUUAAAGCUUCAAAAUUGUCAGUUUUGAUUUAAAGUAAAUCACUUAUUUCAAUCAGAAGUAUUUUAUUGCUAAGUUUUUAGAGACGAUCUGAGUUGUUUAACAAUUGUGGCCUCUAUUUUUGGACUUGGAAUCCUAACAUGUAUUUUUUGGGAACUUGUGUGGACAAAUGUCAUGUCGUCAUUCAUGUGGAUGUUUCAGGCCUGAAAAAAUGAUAACUUUGAGAAAGCAGAAUUAUAAGGAUGUAAGAUAUUUAGACAUGUUGUUUGGGCACAUUUUGGUUUAUAGGUCAUGUUAAAACUUCAAUUUGUACUUUGAUCCUUUUUUUACUUUGGGAAUUUUUGUUGGACCGUGGAAAAUCACCUGAUGGGGAAGUUGUGAACAUUACGCUGAAUGGUGAAGGAAUCAGUUGUUACUGAGUGGCAAAACAAUGAGGUGCAUUCUGUAUUAAAACCAGCUUUCCCCUGAAACACAGAACAUCUGUUUUAUUGUUUAUCAAAUUAAAUUUCACCUUGUUAUAAUG